AUGGGAUUGAAGUAUACUAAUUUCUUUGAGAAUUCUAGUUACGAAAGUUCCGAUACCCAAAUUGUUAUCUGUAAGAACUGCUCAUCCCAUUUAUGCUUAUCACACUUGAUCCUCUCGGACAACUUUCGGGGGUCCACAGGGCCAGCAUAUUUAGUGGAUAAGUUGAUUAAUUAUCAACUGGAGAAUGGUUCACAGGAAACUAGGAUGUUAACGGGGAGUUACCUUAUAAAUAAAGUCAAGUGCCACCAAUGUUCGAAUCAGCUAGGAUGGACCUAUAAGAAAGCUUUUUCAUACUCAGAAACAUAUAAGGAAGGAAAGUUCGUCAUUGAAAAAGAUUACAUCAAAUUAAUUCCUAACAACUCCUCCACUGCUUCCCUUAUGGAGAAAGCCAAAUUGAAUAAUAGCCGUCGCCGUUCUUCAGGCUCUUCUUCGUCGUCAGUUGAUUAUAAUACCACUUCAGAUGACUUGUUCAAAUUUAAUUCUGUUGAUCCCACCAAGGCAAAGAUGGAAGAAUCAGUUGGUGACAGUUCUAUUAAUUUUAGGGAUAAUGAUGGCGUAUCAAUUUUGGGCAGAUUAAGGUUCCAAGGAAUCGAUAAAGAGGAAUUCGAUGAAGACCAAGACGUUUUUGUUGAUGUUUAA